AUGGUCGUUUUAUUCUUUCUCCUUGCUCUUAUUCCGCAAUAUCAGGCAACUUUUCUUGGUCCCAGUCAAGAUUGUAAUUGUCCACAAACAUCAUUAUGUUCUGUUUGUCCGAUAUCUUGUCCAUCACUUUUCCCACCGCUUUGUCCUCCACAACCUCCAUGUCCUCCACAACUACCUCCACCUCCACCACCACCACCACCGCCACCUCCACCACCUCAGGCAUCUGCGCCAUGUCCUCAACAACCACUUUGCUUGCCUUGUCCACCACCAAUACCAAUGCAACCUCUUUGUCCACCAAGCCUUCAACAUCUUCUGUUACCUUGUCCACUACCACAACCCUCGAAUUCUCCUUGCAAGCGUAAGAAACGUUCUACACCAAUUACUUCAGUCGCUAGCGAUUAUGGUACCAAUAUUCAUGCCUCGUGCACCAGCAAUUAUAUUCGUAAAAUUAUCCUAAAGAAUUUGAGCACAGAUGCGAAAAUCUCAAAAGCGGCAAUUUAUUCGGAACUGAAAGCGAAACAAAAAGGUGAUUACGUGGUGUUAUGCUCGCAGUCCAGUUUAUCAUUUACAAGUGAUUCAACAAAUUAUUGUGUUGGUGGAAAUACAAAUCAUCUUUGCUAUGUAUUCGAACUAUGA